UAAUACUAACAUAAUCAUUUACUAAUAGUUGUAAAAAUUAUACAUAAUCAUCUUCAGAGAUAACAGUGUGAUAAUGGAUUCCUACAGAAAGCGCCACCAUUCUUUUAAAGAAACCCACAGUUCACCUGGCCAACCAGUUAGAAGAUUUUCUGUAUGCUUCGGACGGCGUUCCCUUAGCGUUGGGCGAAGAAAUUACGAUGAACCAAUCAUAUCACCUCUAGUGGACUCGGAUUUCCGAUCCGAAAACAGCGUUUUCAUGAGACCCUCCUGUCCGGCUAUAAGUCUGGAGAAGAUGCUGUCUCUGGAUCAGGAAGAAGGCUCCCCUAUGAGUCCAGAUCUGCUUUCUUCUGAUGAUCUCAUGCACAAUCACAAUGGACAAAGGACAACACUAUACUCAAUGGAUUUUACUCAUCCUUUGCUCCAAAGAGGGAGUGUCUUGAGUAAAUCUAAUCGAAGCUCUCAUGGAAGUGAUACAUCAUCUGCUUAUUCUGGAUCUGAUACCAUGCAGUCAGUACAAUCAGUAUCCUUGGAUGAUCAAGAUGUGGAUCUCAGUGGCUUGGUUGAGAGCAUUGUUGAUUCAGAUGAGGAGGAGGAACUCACAGAAUCCAUGGAGAGUUUGACCGUGAGGGACACUGUGAGAGAAUGUCUUGAGAAAGACCCUGCUCUUCGCACUGAUGAAGAUGUUGGCAUAAUCCUUGAGUAUAUGCAGCACUUGCCUGCAUUUGCUAACAUGACACUUACUGUGAGAAAAGCGCUGUGUGCUGUUAUGGUGUUUGCUGUGGUGGAAAAGCCAGGAGUGGUGGUAAUGAAUGAUGGUGAGGAAUUAGAUUCUUGGUCAGUAAUUGUCAAUGGAGUCGUAGAAAUCGAGUCUUCCAAUGGCGAACUUAAAGAAUUACAAAUUGGUGAUAGCUUUGGUAUCACUCCAACAAUGGAAAAAAUGUAUCAACAAGGUGUUAUGAGAACAAAAACUGAAGAUUGCCAAUUUGUGUGUGUUGCACAAAGUGAUUAUUAUCGAAUCUUGCAUUUAGGUGAAGAAAACAUAAAAAGGCAUGCAGUAAAUGGGAAAUUAGAAUAUAUCACAGAACUACGGACAGUUGAUGCUACUCGUAAUAAGGCUCAUGUUAUAAUCAGAGGAACUCCCGAGAGGCUUUUAUCUCAACUAGUUGAAGAUAAUUCAAUGGAUGUUACCUACGUUGAAGAUUUUCUGCUUACAUAUCGGACAUUCAUCGAUGAUUGUAAAACUGUUGCUGAUAAUCUUCUUAUUUGGUUUGAUGAUCCAAAAUAUAGGGAUAAAGUUACUAGAGUUGUACUUUUGUGGGUCCACAAUCAUUUUACAGAUUUUGAAACUGAUGUUAGAAUGAUGGAAUUUUUAGAACAAUUCGAAGUAAAGUUGGAAAGAGAAAAAAUGCUGGGGCAACAAAGGCUAUUAAAUAUAGCUUGUUCUACAAAAGCUCGUGUUCGAGUUAUAACAUUAGCCAGGUCAACACGUGAGGAAGUGUUACAUUUCUCAAUUCUGGGAGGAUAUGAAACUGGUUUUGCUACUUUUAUCUCCAAAGUAGAUAAAGGCUCAAAAGCUGAAGAAGUCGGUCUUAAAAGAGGUGAUCAGAUAUUGGAAGUAAAUGGCCAGAGUUUCGAAGUCAUGAGCCACGUCAGGGCUUUGGAGUUGUUGAGGGGGACCACUCAUCUAUGCAUUACCGUGAAAUCAAAUUUUCUUGCUUUUAAGGAAAUGCUGAGUGCCCCUGAAAACACUACCCGGCGUUGUCGCAAGGCUUCGGAAAUCUCCUUACUUCAGCAUGACCCUCGCUCUAGGUUAUCGUCCCAGCCAGAAUGGCACGAAACAGUCGGCACACCUGGCUCCCCAACAUCAAAAAUGAGUGGCUCCAAUUUUCGAUCAACCAGUGAAGGAAAGAAAGAGAAUGAAAAGAAAGGCUAUUCAACGCUAGGCCAUCGAGCAAAGUUUAUUAGAGUCCUAGCGAAAAUGAAUAUAAUUCCAAGAACUCUUAAUACUGAAUCACAUUUGAACAGUUCGGAUGAUAGCUUGUACUCCAUAAAUAGUAGUAGUAGCGGUGGAUCUGGAAAUUACAGUGGCAGAGGCUCGUCACCCCAACCUUGCAGUGGAGGUAGUGUAGGUGGUAGUGGUACCCUUUAUCAUAGUCAUAGCAACCCAGACUUAACCUCACUUACUCCCUCUGAUGAACUGCGAUUGGAGUUUCCAGAGCAUGUGCUUAAAAUUUAUAGGUCUGAUCAGACUUGUAAAUACCUACUGGUUCACAAAGAAACUACUGCUAGAGAAGUAGUCAUGCUUUCCUUAAGGGAAUUCGGUAUUACGGAGUCAAGCAGUAAAUAUUGUCUUUGUGAAGUCUCAGUUGGUGAGGGUGGUGUAGUGAAACAGCGGCGCUUACCCGAUUCACAACAGAACUUAGCAGAGAGAAUAUCACUCAGUAGUCGAUAUUAUUUAAAAAACAAUAUGUCUAGUGAGUCAUUAGUGCCUGACGAGCUUGCUGUUGAACUUUUAAGGGAGAGUCAAGUACAUUUAUUGCAUUUAAAUAGUGUGGAAUUAGCAACACAAUUAACUAUUGAAGAUUUCAGCAUUUUUCGCCAAAUUGAACCUACAGAGUACGUGGACGAGCUCUUUGAGGUAAACUCCAGAUAUGGAAUGCCCAUGCUAUCUAAAUUUGUUGAGUUAGUAAAUCGUGAGAUGUUUUGGGUAGUUACUGAAGUAUGUUUUGAACAUAACCUGUUGCGUAGGAUGAGAAUCAUCAAACAAUUCAUAAAAGUAGCAAGGCAGUGCAAAGAGUGUAAAAAUUUCAAUUCUAUGUUUGCAAUUAUCAGUGGCUUGGGGCAUGGUGCUGUGUCAAGAUUAAGGCUAACAUGGGAGAAACUACCAUCAAAAUACUCAAAACUAUUUGAGGUGAAUUUUGAAAAGCUUAGAAUGGUUGCUAAAGAAAUCAGAACUGUUGCAAGCAUGUGUUCUGCACCAUAUGAUUUGUUUAACAUGCUUGAAAGUGGUGGUGCGCAUCCAACUGCUGCCAUGGCAUCCCUUAAUAGCUUUGCUACAACUACAAAUGCUGCAACUGUCAAGAGACGGAAAAAGAGUACUGCUCAACCAAACCCCAAAAAGAUGUUUGAGGAAGCGCAAAUGGUUCGUAGAGUUAAGGCAUAUUUGUCUAAUUUGAAAGUUGUUACUGAUGAGGAUCAACUUCAUGCAAUGUCAAAUGAAUGUGAAGCUCUGAUUACAGCAGGGAUUGGCACAUUACAAGUGAGAAAACGUCAACCAUCUCCAACCUUAUCUGCAGCAAGCAGUAACAGCAGUUCUUCCGAUAUCAAAAAGGGUAGCAAUAGUUCCAAAUUUGGAGCUGAUUCCCCGCAGGCUGUAAGGAAGCUUCUUGCUUUAUCAGACCAGAACAAAGUAAGACCACACCAGCCAUUGCGUCCUCCUGUGUCAGAGUCCCCGUCCUUGUCGCCGGUGACUGGUCGUCGUUUCCAUGAUCCUCGUCCCAGCUUUGCUGCUGAAAUGGGGAGCAUAGCUGUACCUGUAGAUCUCUAUGCAGAAAGUUCUAGUGUGACUAGUUUUGCAGCUGCCUCUAUUAAGAAAUCCCAAACAUCAGGUUCUGUUACCUCAUCUGAUAGUUAUCACUUGCAACAUGCCGAUACCGAUUCAGGAAUUUGUUCUGCAAGUUUCGACAGCCGUAGCAACAGCUCUACUGGUUCAACUAACUCGCCACCACACCUAAAGAGGCAUGCAUCUGGUCCAAGUGGGUCUCACAGCAUGAAAAAAUUCUCAGAAUAAGUGUUAUCAUUCCAUGUUGUACUGUGGAUCAAUGUGACUGUUAAGUAGUUAGAAUCUCAUUUUUAGAUGUCCCAUGGACUGUCUCAGGCGGUUCAUCUAGUCGCCCAAGUGUACAAGGGUGCAAUAAUCUCUGCAAGACGCUAUUCACCCAAUUAGAUAUCUGGAAGUGUUGUCCUCCUUAUAGACAUACGAAUUUUGUGUUGUCACCAAAGAUACUGUCUGUAGCACUAAAAUUGUGAUUUAAAUGUUUGUUUGGUAAGUUAUUUGUAACAUAAAUCAAUCAAAAUGUGUACAGCUGCACUAUCGUGAUGUGUUCCAAAUCGAACGACGGUAUUGAAUUUUGAAUUUUUUCAUUUUUAUAUGACUGUACAGAGUUAUGAAGUGUUUUUGUUAGGGAAUACAAAAGAAAAAUUGAAAAAUUUGAUAAUUUACUCUGUGAUGUGUGUCUUUUCAGAUUUAUAUAUAUUUUUAGAAUUGUCAUGAUUUCUUCUUUAUAAACAUUUUCACUGGUGCAAUGUAGAAAAUUUGCUUAGUAAAAUUUACCUUCAUAUUUUGCAUUUUUUGAAGAUGUUAUUAACUUAAUAAUAAAAAUCAUGCAAUCCUGUUCCUAAUACCAUGAUGGUUAGAAAAUUGAAUUAAUAAUUAAAAAAAAAUUUUUUUUUUCAUUUAUUGGUUAAAUUUUUUUUUUUUUACUAUAUUAAAUAUAUUAUGUUAAUGGAAAGAAGUUAUAUAAAUGCUUGAGUGGUAAACUUUGGAAAUUAUUCUUCUAGAAAUUUUAAUAUACAGCCAUACUUAAAAACAAAUGUUUUAGAAUGAAAAUAGAUUAACGCCUACGGAUAUAUCGUGAUUAAUGCGCCAUAAUAGAUCAUCUUAGAUUAUAAUUGUGAGAGGAGCAAUGUCAUAUUUUUUACUAGCAAUCUAAUCCUAAUGAAGAGCUGAGUUUUUUUUAUUUGCGAAAAAGUGUUAAAUGUAUUAAUAUUUAGAAUUGUUUGUAAUAUAUAAGGGAUUUUUGAGUCGUAAUUUUUCAUGUUAUUUUUAGAAAAAUUAAGAUAAAAGUGAAGCAAAAAAAAAUUAAUUUUGAAUUUCAAGAAUGCAUUUUUAAAUGUACUAUGAUUUGUCUACACUAGUUCAUUGUAAGAAAUCCAGAAUUGUUUGAAUUCAUUGUUGGAAAAAAAUCUCAGACUAACUUAAGAGAUUAUAAAGUAAUAAAUGAUAAACUACUUACUAAUAACAUGAAUCAUCAUCCAAAUUUUAUAAUAUUUAUUGCUUUUUUAUAUAAUCUUUCUGUAACAAACAUUGUGAAAUAUUAAGCAGUAAACUAUUACUAUUCUAAAAUAUUAGUUAUACUAUUUUGAUUUGCAUGUAUAUUAGUUAUUAAAUUUAUUAAGUCCUGUUUCAUAGGUUAAAUUCUGGAAUUUUUUCAAUAAACUAGCAUUAUGUGAAAAUUUAAAAAAAAUGUUAAUAGACGAUUUUUGUUUUGUAUUUAUUUUCUGUUUUUUAUGUUUUCAAUAAUAAAUAAACGGGGACUGACUGUACGUAUAAAACUUGAGCUUAGACUGUUAAGGAAUGAGACUUACCGGCAUUAUUAUUAGGAAAAUUAUGAAUAUAGUCAUCUUAUUUUUUAUAAUUUUGAUCUAAUUUUUUAUAAGUCUGUAAAGCUCACCUAAAAGUGAGUCUACAAAUUAUUUGUACAUAUACAUUUACCAAAGAGUGAAAUUGAUAUAAUUAAAAUUUAUAUUCUAUUUUAAGAUUGAAUCGUUAUCCCUAUUCCUGUUUCUAAUAUGUUUUUGUAUCAUACGUAUAGUUAUGUAAAUAAUUACCUUUUUAGCAUAUUUUGAAUGAUUAUUAAAAAUAUACUCGAAUAGAGAUCAGAUUUUUAUUUUUAAUGUUAAAUAUCUUAUAUGUAUACACAUGUGAAUUGGAUACCUAAAGUGGUGUGAAUUGAGAAGCAUUAUGCAUACUGCAUUUUUUUUUU